GAGAAGUCCAAGGACACUGAUUGCUUCAAAAAGUUUACAAAUUUACUUGAAGACACGUUAUCAGAGAGCCCACAACAGUUUUAUUACUCUAAUAAAGAAAAGGCCGAAUUACUUGAGUGUGUUUACCAAAAUUUAGUUUUAAUAAGUGAGGAAAAUAGUAAAGCUAACGAAGAAAAGAUCACUCUUAUCAAACGAACCUCAUGGGAGAUUUUCAAUAUCAUAUUACCAUAUCUUGCAAACCAUGCCGAGGAUGGAGAGGACACAAAUUCAAUGAUUAGGAUAGCACGACAAAUUCUUAAGGGAAUCGCUAAGUAUAAUCCACCGCGAGAAAUGAUACUUUUGAUUCUUGAAAAAUUCAGCUUUGAUUGGGAAAAUCUCGAAAAAAGAAUUAAGCAUGUGAUGUGUAUUAUUGAGGCAAUGAAACUUGAAAAAUAUAUGCAAGAAAGUGUCACUGAGAGUAUCGUAGAGUUUUGUGAAAUUUUGGUCUCUCUAGCAGAAGUCGAUUAUAAGAAUGUCUCAAUAACAGAUCUUCAACACCAAAACAACACGAACUAUUACCUACUAAAUUAUCUCUUCCUCUCAAUAUUCGACAAAUGCAUCACACCUAUAAAUUUUGAAAUGGCGUCAACUUAUUGUGAAACAUUUUAUCCGCGGUAUUUUGAUGUACCGGGACGAGAAAAACCUAGUAAGCGUGUGAAUGUGGACGAUAAAACACGAUUGAAACGUUUGGUGCAUUCAGCUAUCAAAUCAGGGAUUGCGAUUGAUCAGUUAUUUAAUUUUGUAAUUGAUUCGACGUAUUUGGGUAACUAUGAAGAAAACGAAGAAACAAUAACCCCAGAAAUAAUAAAAGAGUGCCAAAUACCAUCAAAUGGAAUAUUGAUAUAUCUGGCAUCAUUGAUAUAUUAUCAAAUAAUUGUUUCUUUAUCAGAUUCCAAAAAGUCACAAUCAUCGUCACAAUUAAAGAUUGUUUUGCCCUUAAUUCUAUCAAGCGCUUGGCUGGUCAACAAAAUUAUACCGGUUGCGUCGAAUGGGUUUCCAAAAGAUCCUACGAAUACUACAUUAUCUGAUAAGAUAUUGCUGGUUCUGCUAUAUUUUACUGAUCGGAUUGAAGAAGGAACUAUAAUUAAUGAAUACUUGGAAAAGGAAAUUGGUGAUACUAAAAUCACUAUUAUGGAUUUUAUUCAGUCGAUUGCAAGUUUUGCCUCCACUUGUCCAAACUCUCAACAGAGAUUUAUUGCUUUUCGACUAUUGUCACGCAUAAUCGAUAUAUGCUCCAACGACGUGAAAGCUAUAAUCUUGAAUGAGUUGUUGGUAAAUUGUCCGUUCGAAACAAUGAAGACCGCUACGAUAGGUAUUAUUAAGGCGAAUAUUGCGACUAGUCUUUCAAAGGUCUACGAUGUUGACGAGUCGAAAUCUCGUAGACCAAUUGGCUCAAUUUUCGCGAGUUCUUUUGUUGUAACAACAUUUAUACCGAAAAUUCUUCGGUUUCAACAAUCUCAGCCUGAACUAUUGUUAUAUGACGAGUCUGCGUUCGUGGAAAAGUAUAGUUAUAUCAUGCAAGGAUUAAAUUUUUAUUAUUUGCUUUUAUCCAAAGAUGAGAAAAAUUUGACGACAGUCUGGGACGCGAGUCAGAUUCGUGACACACAAAAAGAAUUCCUGGACCCGUUAAGAAAAGCAAGUGAUCAUUGGAUUGGUGUUUAUCAAAGUAAACUUGAAGAAUUGAAGAAGUCGCAGGAUGAAGACACAAUUACUACAACUGCCACCAUUAUCACAGAAGAAAAUGUUGAAAAAGAAGCUUCUGGUAGAGUGGAAUUAGAAAUAUCUAUGGAUGCUAACGAAACAGAAGAGUCAUAUCCAUCACAAAAGAAGUUGAGCCCACUAGAGGAAUUGCAAAUGAUUGAAAGCAAAAUAAUAAAUAUGCAAUUACUUCAGAAUUAUAUUGAUCAAAUAAAUAAUAAAGUUUUAGAAAAACAAAAAAAGAAAAAGACAUGA